GCCUAACUGCCUAUCCCUAGUCCCUAAGCCGUCUUCUUCUACCUUCACUUCCGCUUGAUCAUACAUACCUCCCACCCGUCUUCCAAUUUCGGUACUGCCAAUAUAAAAUUUUUACUACUUAUAUACUCCAUUUAUCAUUUAUUAAUUCACAUUUCAUAAAAAAAAUUACACACAUUCCUUUCGUGAAGAGAAAGCUCUCGUUUUUUUCCUCCAUUGUUACAGUUUCCGUUUCUCCAUCACUGCUCUCUUCCGAGUUGAGAGCUUGCAGGGCGAUGGACGGAGCCGGACAGUAUAAUCCUCGAACUGUAGAGGAGGUUUUCAAGGAUUACAAGGGCCGCCGCGCCGGAAUGAUCAAAGCCCUCACUACAGAUGUGGAGGAAUUUUAUCAUCAGUGUGACCCGGAGAAGGAAAACCUUUGCCUUUAUGGUUUUCCCAGUGAACAGUGGGAAGUGAAUUUGCCUGCAGAGGAGGUGCCUCCGGAACUUCCAGAGCCGGCAUUAGGCAUUAACUUUGCCAGAGAUGGUAUGCAGGAAAAAGACUGGGUUUCUCUUGUUGCUGUUCACAGUGAUGCUUGGCUACUUUCUGUUGCUUUCUACUUUGGAGCAAGAUUUGGUUUUGACAAAACUGACAGGAAAAGGCUGUUCAGUAUGAUAAACGAACUCCCCACUCUGUUUGAAGUUGUAACUGGAGCUGCCAAAAAGCAAGUCAAAGACAAAUCAUCAGUCACCAACAACAAUAGCAGCAGCAAAUCAAAAUCAAACUCUAAGCAGGGCAAGUACUCAAAGGUCCAAGCAAAGGAAGAGGAAGAUGGAUUUGAAGAAGAAGAAGAUGAUGAGGAAGAGGAUGAGCAUGGCGACACCUUGUGUGGGGCCUGCGGGGAGAACUCUGGGGCAGAUGACUUUUGGAUUUUCUGCGACAUAUGCGAGAAAUGGUUCCAUGGGAAGUGUGUGAAAAUCACGCCCGCCAGGGCCGAACACAUUAAACAGUACAAAUGCCCGUCGUGCAGUAACAAGAGGGCACGGCCUUGAUGAUGAUGAUGACAAAUGAUGAUGUCAUGAUGGAUGAUGAUGAUGUUCUUUGCUCCACCUCCACGCGCUGGGUUUUAACUUUGUUGCAUUUGUCUGGUGCUGCCGAGCUUCUGCUAGAAAUCUCCACGGUCGACGCCGCCACAUCAGAUAAGGCAUCAUCUGUAUUGAUGUUCUGUCUGGUCUUUGUUUUUUGUUUUCUGUUUUUCAGGAUAAUUUAUUUACUAUGUAGUAGUUGUUGUUUCAAAAGUUGGACAUAGUUUGUUUUAGUCUUGUAAGGACCGUUUGUCACGGCGAUUGAUUAAUGU